AGCCGGGAGCCCGGUUUCCCCGCCAACCCCCAUCCCGCCCGCCCCGGCGGCCACCCUGGGGGCGAGGCAGCCCGGCGCGUGGGAGGGGACGGCGCGCCAUUGGCUUGUGCGCGGAACCGAGAGGAGGGACCAGCGCGGGCCGCCAGACUCGAUUUGUCUGACUGAGGACGCGACGGGCACUCAGCUUCUCUCUGCAUCUCAGUCGCCCAGCACAGGGGCUGGCACGCACCCUUCUGCAGAGGCCGGGUUGGAGGAGAAGAUGGCGGCCAAGCAGCCCCCGCCUCUGAUGAAGAAGCACAGCCAGACGGACCUCGUGAGCCGCCUGAAGACCCGCAAGAUCCUCGGCGUGGGCGGGGAGGAUGACGACGGGGAGGUGCAUCGCUCCAAGAUCAGCCAGGUCUUGGGCAAUGAAAUCAAGUUUACCAUUCGGGAGCCUUUGGGGCUCAGGGUCUGGCAGUUCCUCUCUGCUGUGCUCUUCUCCGGCAUUGCCAUCAUGGCACUUGCCUUCCCUGACCAGCUCUAUGAUGCGGUCUUUGAUGGAGCCCAGGUGACCAGCAAGACCCCCAUCCGCCUCUACGGCGGUGCCCUCCUCAGCAUCUCCCUGAUCAUGUGGAACGCUCUCUACACGGCUGAGAAGGUCAUCAUUCGAUGGACCCUGCUCACCGAAGCCUGCUAUUUCGGGGUCCAGUUCUUGGUGGUCACUGCCACGCUAGCUGAGACGGGCCUCAUGUCCCUGGGGAUCCUGCUGCUCCUGGUCAGCCGCCUCCUUUUUGUCGUCAUCAGCAUUUACUACUAUUACCAAGUCGGCCGAAGACCCAAGAAGGCCUAGUUGCCCACUGGGCCUGGGGCCCUGCCCAUGCCCGGGCCAGAGUGGCGCUGGGGCCUCGGCUUCCCUUUGGCUCCUGGAAGGCAGGAGGGUCCCCUGCCCUGCUCCAGUCCUGCCCCAGGGAGGCAGGGGGUGGGGGGCCUUCCUUUCCUCCUGGGCACCCCGUGUGCUGUGAUCUCCUGGGCUUUCAGGCUUGACAUGCUGGUUUGGGGAGAGACAGGGCCUCUGCUGCCCUGUUCUUCACCCUCACAGUGAUACCUCCUUUCCUUGGGUCUCUUGGCCUCCAGACCCCCUCAAUAGACACUGACUAAAGUCAAGCUGGAGUCAUGAGGGUAGUGGGCUAAGUCGAGGGUCCAGCCUCUUCUGCCAGGAAGCCCUUCUUGCUUUUGAGAGAGGCUGUGACCACCCCCCAUCCUUCUCCCUACACUCCCAGCCAACCUAGUGCCCAAGCAGCUAAACUUGGCUUCCUUCUAAUCCUGGAAAACCCUGUACCCCUCCUCCUCAACCUGGCCCUCUCCACACGCACACCCUGAAAACACACACAGACACACAACACACACACACACACCCCUGAACACACACAGACACACAUACACCCAUGAUGUGAGCAAGCACACACACAACACAUACACACACACACACGUGCGCCUUCACAGCCCAGCCAAGGGCACGCAGGCAGGAUGUGCUGUCUGAGAUGGCACCUCCCUUUCAGCCGUUCUUCAAGAAUGGGCCACACACAGCUAGAAGUCCUGUCCCCACUCUCCUGGCCUGACAAGAUGAGCUCUCCUGGGACCUUGCUCUAGGGCACUCUGCCUCUACCCCAGGACACUGGAAUGCCCUGGGAGUCCCCUCCCUGCAACCAGCCUGAGUUCAGAGGCAGCCAGCAGCUGCACCCACAGGCCCCACGGACAAAGGGACACACAGCCCCCAAUGGAGACCAUUGUAAGUGGUGGGGCUGGGAGAGGAGGAACAGAAGGAAAGCCAUAGCGCUCCCUUGCCCCUUGGCAUGUCCCCCAAGGCCUGAUGGCCACUGGGCUCAGCCUGUCCCCCUACUCCUCCCUGCUUCCCGGUGAGCUGCCCCCUACAUGUGCAGCCCGGGCUGCCUCCAGGAUCUGGCUGAGUGGGACCAGGUGGCCCUCAAACUCAGCAUGGGAAAUAAGUAGAAACAUUUCAGCAGGCCGCCUCCCCUCAUCUCCCCCGCCCUGUCCAGCGCCCUGGCAAAGGCUGACAACUGGCUGUCUUGGGGCUGAACAGCCCCUGCCCUGCCUCUGAGGGCCCACCAGCCUGUGCUGCAUACCCACCGCCCAGCUUCUCCCUGCAGGCCCACCAGCCUGUGCUGUACACCCCCCGUUAGUCCCUGAUCCCAACCCUCUCCCUCCUGCCGGCACACCGACACACACACCGGAAGUGGCGAGCCCAAGCCCUGGGGACAGGUGUAGGGAGAAAAGCAGCCCCAGGCCUCAGACUCACUUCCCAUCCUGGCACAGAGUGGGGGAUGGCUGGAGGGUGUCUAUAGGUACAGCCCGCUCUGGCUGCUGCCAGGUGGGCCCCUACCAGGGGUCCUCACCCCUGUCCACCCUGUGCCUGGCUGUCCCUGCACCCAGAUACAGCAACAUGGCCUGUACCCAGCAGAGUGGUGGCACCACCAUGGUUACAGCGGAUGCCCCGAGACUCUGCUUGGUAAGCGUGGCGGAGCAGAAUGGGAGGCCGGACCCUGAGGAAGAGCCCCUCUCCUGGCAUCUGUCUCUUGCUACCUAAGCCUGUGCCUCUCCCUAAAGAGCUGCCUCCCUGCUGCCGAGCCCUGGUCUGGCCACGAGCCACUACUGCCUCCCACAGGCGGUGCUGCCAAUGGGCAGUGCCCUCAGGCCAAAGCCUCAAUCCCCCAUCCGAACCAGGCCUAAUCCUCUAAUAGUGAUGGUUGGUUUCUCCUCCCAUAACUGCAGGUGGAUUCCACCUGGGGAAUGAGGCUACGUGUCGGGCGUCUGCUGGCCCUGAGACAUCCAGUCUUCCACACUCAACUGUGGGAUGGGAGGGUGGCGUGGCCUUACCCCAUGAGACUGUCCAGGCUCUGGCACAGAGCUGUGCUCACAAAAUACUGGGUGGCUUGGUUAGACCUAAUUGUAGUGGAGCCUGCGGGUGAGGGUGAGGGAGGGGGCUGCAGGUCAGGUAAGAUCUGGAAGACAGACGUACAGCCUGGAGGGCAGGGGGACUCUAGGGCAAGGAGAUUUACAGUUGGGAAGGAGGCAGUGGCAGAGGGGCGAGGGACAGAGGGGCCCUUAAGUCCAGCGAGGAAAGCUCGGUGUGGGCCUGCUCUCCGCUCCGUUCGGGGUGACCUGGAACGCCUCUUCUCCCAGCUCCCUCCCGCCAUCAGCAGCCUCUUGUCAAGCUUCUGCCUCACCCCAGUCUAUCCCCAACCCCAAAUCAAGACCACCUUUCUUCACGGUCACUAUUUAUUCUUUGUUCCUUUUUCUUUUUGUAAGAAACAUUCACAAAAACCAGUGCAAAACCAUCA